CACUCCAAAUCUCAGCAUGUCAUCAGUAAUGCGGACGAUACCUGCGAUGCACUCUUGCUGUGGUAUUCUGGUGUUCAUGCGACGCGUGGUAUGCCGUGGCGGAAGGAGUACAAUCCCAAUUUAGGGCGAGAGGAACGCGCACAGAGGGCCUACGAAGUCCUUGUAUCAGAAAUCAUGUUGCAACAAACUCAAGUUAUCACUGUCAUCCCGUACUACGAGUCUUGGAUGUCUAGUUUCCCGACUAUACAUGACCUUGCUGCUGCGACCAUUGAUGAUGUUAAUGCCUUGUGGAAGGGCCUCGGAUACUAUAGACGUGCCAGUCGCCUACUCACAGCAUCUCAGAUCGCCGUUACGAAGUUAAAAGGGAUGCUACCAGACAACGCGCGCGACCUGGAAGCAAAAAUACCAGGGGUUGGGCGAUAUACAGCAGGCGCUGUCUGUUCUAUCGCCUACGGAGAGCGCGUUCCUGUCCUGGACGGCAAUGUGCACAGACUACUUAGUCGGCUCCUGGCGCUCCAUGCCCCUCCUAAAGCGGCGGCUACCCUUAAUAUUCUAUGGGCAGCGGCGACUGCACUGGUUCAGAGCAAGGGCCAAGAAUCUGAUGAUUCUAUGGUACGCAAUCGUUACCCAGGAGAUAUCAAUCAGGCUUUAAUCGAGUUGGGAAGCACGGUUUGCAGAGUUCAUACUCCCGACUGCGAGCAGUGCCCUUUAAAGUCACAUUGUGCAGCGUAUCAGAGUGAAUCAGCUCCACUUCAGCAAGAUAUCGAGGACCUCUGUACUUUGUGUGAGCCACGCUCCGAACGUGGCGUCAUCGGUUAUCCUAUGAAGGCAGAGCGAAGCAAGCCACGAGUGGAACUUGACCUUGUGAACGUCAUUGAAUGGCGCUCCAAAUCGGAUCCUGAGAACAGGCAAUUCCUUCUCGUUCGCCGGCCGAGUGAAGGAUUGCUAGCCGGACUGUAUGAGUUCCCCACAGAAGCCAAUAUUUCUGAAACAGCGUCAGAUACUCGCCUUGUGGAAAUUCUUCGGGCGCAGCUCUCUUCUUUGUUGCAGUCGCCUAUUCGGGUCCCAGAGUCCACUGACAAGAAGCGAUCUGAUGCAUCGUGCACAGUGGUCAAAAUUAAGUCCGCAGGCGAUGUCUCCCAUGUCUUCUCCCACAUCAGAAAAACAUACAGGGUACAAUGGGUCAUCAUCGAAGGGGGAGAUGAACCACCAGAAACUGCAGCGCCACAGGGGCCCCAUAACGGUCGUUUUAAGGAUAGAAUGUGGAAGUCUUUGAAUGAGAUAUCUACUUCAAAGUAA